AUGCCCAAGUGCCCUAGCUGUGGAAAGGAAGUCUAUUUUGACAACUCCCCGUUCCUUAAUUUAGCCGAACGAGUUACUUCUCUUGGAAAGGAUUGGCAUCGUCCUUGUUUGAAAUGCGCCGAAUGUAACAAAACCCUUUCUGCUGGCCAGCAUUCUGAGCACGAUGGAAAACCCUACUGCAAUGUACCUUGCUACCAAAAGCUCUUUGGUCCAACAAUCACUCAUUGGAAUGGCACAAAUAAAACACAAGCGAUUUUGAUUGAUGGUGAUGAUGAUGAUGAUAAUAAUUGGUUCUUAAAGAACAAUAUAAAUACUCGGCUGUGCAUUGGUGGGGCCUCUUCUCCUGUUAAUUAA